GUAAGUUAUUAUUGUACAACAUCAAACUUUCGAAUUUCACCGGUCAUUUAUAAAAUCAAAUUCUCUUGCUGUUAAUGUUUUAGGUAUUCUUUUACUUUGACUUGUGCCACUUCCUAAUGGCUGCCAGUACACAGACAACCUACGAGAAACCUCUUCGUAUAGUUUACCGCCAGGAAUGGGGUGCAGCCAUGAACGACCCCGAGAUGCAACUCAUAGGAGGAGCAGCCGUGCCUUAUGUACUUCUCACAUUCACCAACACGGACCCAUGCGAGGACAACGAUACGUGCAUGAGGACAGUGAAGGAGCUGCAGACCAAACACAUGAAUGAGGGCUUGGAGGACAUCCAGUGGAAUUUCAUGGUUGGAGGCACCGGCAGAGUAUAUGAAGGCAGAGGAUGGGAAAUUUGUGCUGACAAAGAUGUAGAGUUUGAACAAUACCACAAAAAAUCAAUCGACAUCGCUUACAUAGGACGUUAUGGAGAGAAUCAUGUUACACCUUUAAUGGAGGAAGCUGUGAAUAAGUUUGUGAAAAUUGGGAUUGAUGAGUUUUACAUCGACCCAGAUUUCAUCUUUUUGGGACACAAAGAGCAUAAAGCGUUCCAGGGCUAGUUCAUGCGCUUUAUUGGAAUUUAAUUUAUUUUAUUAAAAUGGUAUCACCAAUAGUAUUAGCAACUAUAGUUUUCAAUAGGUUUAAGUUUUUAUUAAAAAUUUUCCUCUGACCCCUAGCGGGCCGUCCCCCAGAGAGGGUAGCGUAUCACUGGAUUAUGUGCUAAUUCAUUUUAAUGCCUCUUAGCUUUGUACAAAGUU